UACAAAACAAGCUGCCAAUAUGCGGAACGUAGCGAUAUCGUUUUAUGUCGUUCGCUUCAAAUAAUCUAUCCCGGUGAUUUCUCUACGCAAUACAGUGUUCUGCAUUAGCAUCAUUUCGUUGCUUCAUCUCCACGAUAAACAAGACAGACAGAAUGUAAAUUAUCCAUCUUUGGAGACAAGAUCCUGUGGAAAGAACAGUGUAAAGUGUGAACGCACCAGAAUUCAUUCAUCCUUCCGAAGCGUCAAGUGCAUAUGGUUCUUGAAACAUCUAAUAAUAAUCGUUAACAACUACCGCGACUCCAGUACACGUGAAUGGUGCUGUGUUUUUAGAACGUGUGAACAAGAGGGAUAAACCGAACGCAAAUAGUGUGAAACAAAUAGAAAUAUUAGUGUAUCGCGAAGAAGACGCAUAUUGUACUGAUCGAAUAUAAUCUAAAAAAUCGUUGGUGUUUAUAAAGUUUUAAGCGCAAAGUGUUGGUAAAGCUUUACGAAACCCAAACCCGCUAUUCUUACCGUGCGAUAGCAGUGCGUUCCUAAAGUUUCGUGUGUGCCGAAAGGUGAAGAAUCUCUCGGUGAUUGUGGAAAAAAAAACAAAAGAAAGGAAACCCCACACGGUCCGGCAAUCCAUCCGAAGAUGAAUCUAUCGUUUGCCGGCUGCGGUUUUCUCGGCAUCUAUCAUGUCGGCGUUGCGGUGGCAUUCAAGAAAUAUGCGCCCCAUCUACUGCUGCACCGCAUCAGUGGCGCAUCCGCCGGAGCCUUGGCCGCCUGCUGUCUGCUCUGCGAUAUGCCAUUAGGUGAAAUGACGUCGGAUUUCUUCCGCGUAGUCAACGAAGCCCGAUCACAUUCCCUAGGCCCAUUCAGCCCCCGGUUCAACAUACAGACCUGCCUGCUGGAAGGAUUGCAAAAGUUUUUGCCACCGGAUGCGCACGAACGUGUGAAUGGCAAGCUGCAUAUCUCCCUGACCCGUGUGUACGAUGGCAAGAACGUGAUCGUGUCACAGUUCAAUAGCCGCGAGGACCUGCUACAGGCACUUCUUUGUGCGUGCUUCAUUCCGGUGUUUUCGGGUCUUUUACCACCCCGGUUCCAUGGCGUGCGAUACAUGGACGGUGCAUUCUCCGAUAACUUACCAACGCUGGAUGAGAACACGGUAACGGUCAGCCCGUUCUGUGGCGAAAGUGACAUCUGCCCGCGUGAUAACAGUUCGCAGAUGUUCCACGUCAACUGGGCCAACACUAGCAUCGAGCUGUCGAAGGAAAACAUUAACCGGUUCGGUCGCAUCCUGUUCCCACCGAAGCCGGAAAUACUGUCCUCCUUCUGUCAGCAGGGAUUCGACGAUGCGCUUAACUUUCUGCAUCGCAACAAUCUCAUCAGCUGUACACGCUGCCUAGCCGUCCAGUCGACAUUCGUGGUCGCGGAGCAACCGUCACCGAACCUGGAGGAACAGAUCCUGGAGGAGUACGAUCCCGAGUGUAGCGAAUGCAAAGAGUGUACGCAGCAUCGUAAGAAUGCUCUCGUGGGAAGCAUGCCGGACAAUGUGCUAACCGUGUUCCAGACGUACAUCGAGCAGGCGAACAAGGGCCUAAUCAAUUGGGUGUUUCGCCAUCGGGGUGGCAAACUGCUGACUGCCCUAUCACUUCCCGCCAUACUACCGGCCGAUAUCGUGUGUGCCACGCUGACAAAACUGAUGGGUGCGGCACCAUCUAUAGGAAAACAGAUAUGGGCGAUGAGCGAGUAUGUGUUGAAGAACUUAAACACGAUCCUGCUGAAAGUGCGACGGCGGCAGAAGCAACAACAGCUGACCGCGAACCUGCAGUGCCAGAUUGCGCUUACCGAAUACAACCAGAGCGUCGGUCAGCAGCAUCACCAGCACAGCCAUCGCAGCUCAAUCAUCGAUAUGCGAAUGGACGAUGGCAAAACGUUCAGCAAAGAAAUUACCCCGACCUCUGGACAUCAUUCGGCGAUGGGUGAUAUUGACGCGUUCGAUCACAUACUUCAAGUAUCCUCGCACCAUGACGCAAUGUACGCUUACUAUUACAUGGACGAAGACAAUAAGGUUAAGGUAACGGAGAUAUUCGACAUGAGCGAGAGCGAUAAUCCUGCCCUGCAAACUGCCAACGAGCUUGAGGCGAACCAGCAGCUGGAGUUCGAUAACGACUGGGAAACAACACAGCCAGAUUUCCUCUACGCCAACUCGUACGGUGGAGACAAUAUAAUUGACAUCGAAGAGUUUAUCGAUCCCAGCAUCUUUAUGACUGGCAACCAUCAUCACCUCAUGAGCGGCAACAACAAUAACAACAACGGCGGCCUCAACACGCUGACACAGUAUCCGAUCAAUCCGUGGGAAUGCUCGCAAGUACAGAUCGAGGAGCUGUCAACUGACUUCAACGAUCCAUCGCUGGAACCGGAAGCGGAUCAGCAGACGAGCCUUAUGUCCGAAUCAGCUACACUGCUUUUAAGCAAACCACCCUCUUCGUACUCGGUUGAGAUGUAAACGUAGCGCAGGCUAUCGUAAUAAGUAGGUGACUAAUUUAACGUAAAACGGAUAACGAAAAUGUGUACGGCAAGGAUCGUGAAUGCCCAAGCAGACUGCCCCAUCUCGCGUCCAAACACACGUCCGGUGCCUUACUCGCCUGGGCGAAAAAUAGUUUCGAAGCUGCUUGGGUAUUGUCACAGCGUGUGGCAGCAAACAACAACGUUACCGAAAAUGAUAUUACCAUUUAGUAGCGACCAAAGUUACCUGCUUCGUGCACUAUCGUUAAGGGGGACUACUUGAAGGCGCUUUGAAAGUGGCCAAGUGCAUGGCGGUAGCUUUACUUUGCCUCGGAGGCAGCAUGAUCCGUUGGAGAGGCGGAGUGCACAUGAAACACAAUGCAAGCGGGACCAUAAAUAGAUGCAGAGACUUCCCAACAUUUUAGAAGACUUACCCGAACGCGCUAACGUUUACACAAAAAACAGCAAACGCAUCGCUUGUGUAGCAAAAAAAAAACAAAGGAAAGGGAAAUGGUAAAACGAUAGCUGCAAGCGGCGUGAUUG